GAGAAGUUGAAACACUUAUGCAGGUCACUGCUACUUACAAAGCAGAAAGAGUCAAACUGAAACAAUCACAUUGAAGGAUGUCUUUGAGUGUGUCACAGGGUGAAGGAUUGACCGUAUUCCCUAUCACCACAAAUCCAAAAAGCAAAUGGCCGACAUUGUGUCACAUCCUGGGUAAUCUGUGCCUAAGUCCAGUGUCUUCAACACCUCAUGACCUCAAAACUGCAAUGUAUUGCCCCACAGCAGUACUAGGGGUCUUGCAGAUUUUGGUGGGAAUCCUUAACAUCAUAACAGGGAUUUUGUUUGCAAACUGGGGGAUACAUGAUUACAUUAUGAUGAUUUAUGCUCCAUUUUGGCUUGGUGCUUUGUUCCUCAUAUCUGCAAUCACGGUCUUUCUUACGCAAUGCAGUGACCGUUAUAUUUGGGUUACUUUAGCUAACAUCGUAAACCAAGUCACUGGUUUUGUGGCUGUUAUAGGUGUUGCAUUGUAUUCAUGGGAUUUGGUGAGCACGAGCUAUUUUUCAGCCAACGAAUAUUCAGCAACACUCAUUCAAGAACAGAUCAAAGGAGCUGAUUCAAUUCUGUACUUUGAGGAAUCAAAUAUGAUGUUUCGUAGGACGCUAGAUGUCAUGAUGAUAGCUUUUGCCGUACUUCAGCUCUGCCUAAACUCCAUUUUUAUUGUUACACCUUGAAUCGGGAAAAAUUCUGCAGAAGACCUUCAACUUCACAAACUGCUCCCAGAAGACACCACUGGCAAUCCUGCAUGUUAAAAAAAUAAGAGACACAAAAAUAUAAAACAUCAUUUUAUUUAAAUCAGUUUUUUCUCUUGUAUUAGAAUAGCAGCACUUUAAAUCUAAAACACUACAAUUGUUCAUGUCUAUCUCCGUUGAUUCAUUUUUAACUCAAAAUUGACUCAUAAUGAGGAUACCUGUAUGUUUUAUUUGUGACCCUGGACUACAAAACCAAUCAUAAGUUGCAUGGGUAUAUUUGUAGCAAUAGCCAAAAAAAAUCAGGAUUUUAACUGAAAAUCAUGUUCCAAGAAGAUAUUUUGUAAAUUUCUUACUAUAAAACUAUCCAAAAAUGUAUUUAUCAUUAGUAAUAUGUGUUGCUAAGGACUUCAUUUGGACAACUUUAAAGGCCAUUUUCUCAAUAUUUAGAUUUUUUGCAGAUUUCAAGAGAUGUAUAAAUGACAUUUUGAAAAAUGUACCAUUAUGGUUUGCGGUCCAGGGUUCUACAGUCAGCCAUCACAAUGACAUCCUUUAGGGCAGGGG